AUAUAUAUGUCUUGUGUGUAUCGUAUGCAAACAAUGUUUGUUCAAAACCAUACUUCAUCGCCACUGUAGCUACAUCUGUCGAGACAAAUAGUCCCAAGGAGGAGCUGAAUCCUGGACUUAGUAUCCUCGGUUCAAUUGAGAAGAUCUUCUUUGCCGUCUCUGAUUUAUAUGAGCCUACAGAUGAUGGUAGAGCCUCCCGGCUUUUCAUCUCCUCAAGUUACGACGCUACUACUCACUUUGAGACAACAUGCACUGAUGUCCUUAAUAUAUAUGAACGAAUCACAAGUACUCCCUUUGACUUUACAAAGGUUUCUUCGACUAUAGAAACAACCGAUUGA